GACAAUACUCUGUCAAAUUCUAUAAAGGAACAGCAUGGAAACUGGCAUCCUGAAUUGUUAAUGGGGUCAUGGCAUUCACAUUAUCAUCGAUCACUUGUGUGUAUUUAACCAGUGAGGAGCAACAGAAUCUGAACGGAAGGUAUCAAGAGUUAUUAUUGAAGGUCAUCAAAACCUUUUCUUUCAAUCUCUGAGAAUGUCUGAGCAAGAUAAACUAGAAGCUGGAAAUGAGCUAGACUUGUCUCUCGCUCAACCAGAAAAAGAAGAAUAUGGCAAAUCAGACCAGUUACGAAGUGUUAACCAGAACCAGCAGAAAAAGAGAUCCAAGUCAGGAGGAAAGGGGAAACUGGUACGAAGCCUUGCUGUUUGUGAAGAAUCAUCUCCUUGUCUUGAACCAGACACUGACAAUCAGGAAUCAAUACAGCUACAGCUUUCAAGUUUCCCCAACCUACGAGAAGAGGAUAAAUCUAGUAAAGAUGACUCUGAGAAAGAAAAAGAGAAGGAUAAAAACAAAGAAAAAAAUAGAAACAGUGAAAAAACCAAGAUAAGCAUGUUAUCAAAAGACUGCAGCCAAGAAUAUACAUAUACAACAGGCAUAGAUUUGCAUGAAUUUCUUUUUAACACAUUAAAGAAUAACCCCCGGAAUAGAAUGAUAUUAUUAAAAAUGGAGCAGGAAAUCAUUGAUUUUAUUAGUGAAGAGAGUUCCCCCAGAUGUCAUCGUAUCAGCCAAUGCUGGUGCACAGAGGGGUGGCUAACUUUGGCAUGGAUCACAAUUUGGAUCAGACUGGGAAAUCUGUAAUUAUCAACAAGACCAGCAACAUGAGAAUGUAAGUGCUACCCUUCUUUGCU